GAUGACGUCAGUUUGGUAAUUGAGUCGGCUGAUAUUAACGAACAAUUACCAAACUACGGCGACGACAAAGGGCUCGUGCUUCUUCGUAAAGCGGCCAUGGAGAUUCAUGAGAUCUCAACAAAGCUCAACAAGGAGAGGCCUCCCAAGAGAAUAGCUCAACCGAGGAUGAAGAGACGAAUGAAAUCUGAUGAUUCCCUCACGUCUCUUAACAAUCUUGACGAUGGUUGCCUUAUGCAUAUCCUCAGCUUCCUAGCUCCAAUUCCUGAUAGGUAUAACACAGCACUCGUUUGCCACAGAUGGCGAUAUCUGGCGUGUCAUCCUCGCUUGUGGCUCCGUGUUGACCGUUUUGUUAAGGAUUUAACUCAGCCUGGAGUUUUCCGCAACAUUGAGUCAGCGGUAUCUGCGGCAAGACCCGGCGAUACCAUUUUAAUUGGAGCCGGUGGGAAUCAUCACGUUUCUAAUAUUCAGAUUAAAAAGCCUCUUUGCCUGGUUGGUGGAGGCGAGAUUCCCGAUGAAACUACCCUCAUCUGUUCUCGUGGUUCAGACAGUGCCCUGGAAUUGCUAUCGACCUGCAAGCUUGCGAAUUUAACAGUGAAAGCCGAGCUCGGCUGCUGUUUGCUUCAUAGGAGUGGAAGGCUAACGAUUGAUGGAUGUGUGCUGCAAUGUGAAACAAACCCUUUGGAUCAUCUCUCAUACCCAAUCGUAAGCACUGCUGGAGAUGAAGAUAUCUUGGGCCAUGUAGAAGUGGAUGAAACCGUUGUUGAAAAGAUCAGAGGAAACAGCGUAACGGUUUUGCAGACAAGGAUCGAGGGAGGUGCAAAGGCUGUUUCGACAAGCGGAGACUUGGUCCUGCAGCGUGUUCGAGUCAUGUAUUCUAAGGCUUACCUCUAUUUCUGGUUUGAUGUAGAUUAUGAAUGAUCUUUGUUGCUUUUUUUUUUAAUUAGAUUACUACUAUACCCUUUCUAUAAUCUCACAAUCUGUAACAUUAGUAAUCUGUGAUGAUGAUGGGAAAUGAUCCAUCUUCAUUUGUACUUUGUGGUUUCCUCUUAAGACCGGACAGGUCUUCUUGUUGUAUGCUUAUGUUAAGAAUAAUGUCCCUUUUUAGGGCGAAUUCAGUUUCAAUUGGAUUUA